AGGAUGCUGCACCAUGGGAGGCACUGGAGGUCCAUGUGCAAGGGACUCAUCCUGGGGACCCUCCUGACCAGCUUCAUGCUGCUGCUCUACUCCUACGCCGUCCCUCCGCUGCAAGUCAGCGUGACAGAGAUCCCCAUCCCCUCAUCCUGCUCCUCCAACCACCCCCCUGGCAGGUCACUGGCAGCGGCCAACAGCAGGCGUCCCAAGGUGAACAUCAUGUUCAUGAAGACCCACAAGACAGCCAGCAGCACCAUCCUCAACAUCCUCUUCCGCUUUGGGGAGAAGCAUGGCUUGAAAUUCGCCUUCCCCAACGGCCGCAAUGACUUCUACUACCCGUCCUACUUUGAGCGCAGCCAGGUGCAGCACUACCGGCUGGGCGCGUGCUUCAACGUCAUCUGCAACCACAUGCGCUUCCACUAUGAGGAGGUGCGCAAGCUCCUGCCGGCCGACGCCACCUUCGUGACGGUGCUGCGGGACCCCGCCUACCUCUUCGAGUCCUCUUUCCACUACUUUGGGCGCAUCAUCCCCCUCACCUGGAAGCUGACAGGGGAGGACAAGCUGGCGGAGUUUCUCCGGGACCCCUGGUACUACUAUGACCCCAAUGGGUUCAACGCUCACUACCUCCAAAACCUCCUCUUCUUUGAUCUGGGCUACGACAACAACAUGAACCCCAACAGCCCGCUGGUGGAGGAGCACAUCCAGGAGAUCGAUCGUCGUUUCCACCUCGUCAUGUUGCUCGAGUACUUUGAUGAGUCCCUGGUGCUGCUGAAGGACUUGCUGUGCUGGCAGCUGGAGGAUGUCCUCUACUUUAAGCUCAAUGCCCGGAAAGGUUCCACCAUCUCCCGGCUGACACCUGAGCUCUACAAGAAGGCCACCUCCUGGAACCUCAUCGAUGCCAAGCUCUACCGCUACUUCAAUGCCACGUUCUGGCGUAAAGUGGAAGCCUACGGGAGGGAGCGGAUGGCCAAGGACGUAGCUGAGCUGCAGCAGGAGAACGAGAAGAUGAAGAGCAUCUGCAUCGAUGGGGGACAUGCCGUGGAUGCCAGCGCCAUUCAAGAGUCCUCCAUGCAACCCUGGCAGCCGCUGGGGGAGAAGUCCAUCCUGGGCUACAACUUGAAGAAGAAGAUCAACAAGAAGCACCGGAAGCUGUGCCGCAAGAUGCUGACACCCGAAAUCCAGUAUCUGACCGAUCUGGGGGUCAACCUCUGGAUCACCAAGCUGUGGAGCCGCGUGCGGGACUUCCUGAGGUGGUAG